UCAUAAUAUUUUUUAUUAGUUUUGUCAAGAAGAAAUGAAUGAAAGUAGACGUGCUCUCUUUUCUAAAUUAAUAUAAAUUUUAAUUCAAGUGUACAUAAAUUAUGAAAUAAAUCAAAAAGAUUAAUUAUAAACCAUGCGAGCGAUAGUGUUUAUUCUAUUCACCCUUAUUUAUUGUGCGUCGGCAUGGGAUGAUGAUGAUUUUGAAGUGUUCGACGUGGUGGAAGAAGUCAAUCAGAAUUUUUACGAAUUAUUAGGUGUAAAGCAGGAUGCCGCUCCCUCUGAAAUUAAAUCAGCAUUUAAGAAGCUUACACUGAAAUUACAUCCUGACAAGAAUGAUGCUCCAGAUGCAGAUGUGCAAUUCAGAAAUCUAGUCUCCGUUCACAACAUUCUCAAGGACCCUGGGAAAAGAGAGAAAUAUAAUGAGGUGCUCAAGAAUGGUCUUCCUAACUGGCGUUCAGCGGUAUACUACUACCGCCACGUCCGCAAGAUGGGGCUGGCUGAGGGGUCCCUAAUCCUGUUUAUCAUCAUCAGCUUCGGACAGUACGCAGUCGGCUGGGCAGCUUAUGCUGAAAAGAGGUUUACAGCUGAACAAAUUAUAAGCAGCAGGGGGAAAAAAUCAUCAAAACGAUCUGGUUUUGACACCGGCUUAGCUGAAAUACUGGAGCAGCUUCCCAAGCCAAGCGUGAAGGACACCUUGCCGUUCCAAAUACCAAGGUUGCUGUGGUGGUCAUUGACCGCCAUACCUCGGGGUGUGGCCGAGUUCAAGCGAAGGAUGAAAGAGAAAGAAGAGGAAGCUAGGAGGCAGAAAAAGAGGGAAGAGGAAGAGCGCGAGAGGGCCGAACGCGAAGCGGCCGUAGCAGCGCUCCCGAAGACGGUGCGGCGGAGACGCUGGGCGCCCCCCGAGCGGGACGGCUGCGUGCUCGACCCCGCCGACGAGCCGCUCGCACCCGCCGCCCAGCCUGUCGCCGCGUCCCCACCAGUGAUAUCAGGCGGACUAUGGACCGAUGACGACCUAGCGGAGUUGGUGCGCCUCGUGAAGAAGUACCCGGGGGGCGCCAGUUCUCGAUGGGAACGGAUAGCGGAGGCCAUGGGCCGCCCUGUGCCGGAGGUGACGCAUAUGGCCGCUAAACUGAAGGACAAUUGUUACAAACUCCCAGGACAAGAAGCCAAUGAGUCUCCGGCUGUUGAGCCUGUUAAAAAGGUAAAAACGCGCAAGACAGAAGAAGUAUCAGGCGGCAAUUGGUCUCAGCAACAGCAGAAGGCGCUGGAGGCGGCGCUGGCGCGGCAUCCCAAGGGCGGCGCGGGCGACCGCUGGCAGAAGAUCGCGGGUUCCGUGCCCGGCAAGACCAAAGAAGAAUGUAUGCAGCGGUGUAGGUAUCUAUCAGAUCUUGUUCGAAAACAAAAACAGAAAGAAGAGGAAGACCAACAAAAAGAAGAAUCAAAUGAUGUUGAAGAACUACAGAAUGGAAUGGAGGCUUCCUCGUAAAGAUUUUGAGAAGGACAUUUUGAGAGAGGAGGUGUAAUUUAUUUAUAAUUUGAAUUGUACCAGUGAUCAUGCGAGACAGGUGUUUUUAAAAAUAAAGUUGUUACUAAAAUUGA